UAGGCUCGGCCACCAUCCCAGAGCUGGUCUCGAAGGUCGGCAUGGGCUGGUACCAGGUCCUGAUGGUGUCGCUGCUCGCGUGCUACCCCCUGUGCGAGGCCGCCGUCAUGCUGACCAUCAACACCCAGAGCAGGGCGCUCCAGAAGGAGUGGUCCCUCAGCGGCUUCCAGACUGGCAGCCUCGCGUCCAUCUCGUUCGCCGGCCUCGCCCUUGGCACGUACGCCUCGGGCUUCCUGGCAGACCUUCGGGGGCGGCGCAGCGCACUGCUGACUUCGUUUCUGCUGAUGGCGUUGGUCGGAGGACUCACACCGCUGGCCACUGGCUACGGAUCCAUGCUGAUGUUCCAGCUGUGCAUGGGCGUGGCGGCUGGCAUGGGGGUGCCGGCCUCGCAGGCGAUGCUCACCGAGAUCUCGCCCGCGGAGUGGCGCCCCUCGGUGUUCGUGUUCUGCAACUCCUUCUCGAUCGUGGGCGAGGCCUACGCGUGCCUCGGGAUGAUCAGGUGGAUGCCUGACCUGGAGGACCCGGCCCACUGGCGGGCGCUGAACAUCUGGGUCGCCAUCCCGCCGGCCUUGUCGCUGCUGGCCGCUCUGGGGCUGAUGCAGGAAUCUGCCCACUGGCUGGCCGUCAAGGGCAGGGUCGCGGAGGCCCGGCUGGUGCUGAUGCACAUGGCCCAGAUGAACGGGCGGCCGGAGGCGGUGGCCAGCCUGGGGCCCGCAGAGGAGGCGGACGACGCUGGCACCGAUGGGGCUCUGGCGCAGCCCGCGGGCCGGGGCACCUCCCUCGGGAGGCUCCUGGCGCUCGUGUGCAGCGGCGGCGGCCUGACGAAGCUGCUGCUCUUCAGCGUCCUCUGCGUCGCGGGCAACAUGGUGACCUUCGGCAUGGGGUAUUUCUGGCCAACCCUCCUCCGCGUAGCCGCCGGCGCUGGCGAGGGGCAGGCCUUCGGGAGCCCCGCCGCCGAGUUGCUGGUCCUUCGCCUGCUGGGCCUCCCUGCCAACCUGGUCACGCUGUCGGCCGUGGCCAUGGAGAACCUGGGGCACCGCGGCAUCAUCUGCGUCUGUGGGCCGCUGGGCGCCCUCUCCCUGCUGGCCGUGACUAUCAACACGAGCUCCCCGACGAUCAUCUGCAGCAACAUUGUGACGACGAUAGCGGGGAGCACGAGCUACUCGGUGACGCUCAUGUUCCUCAACGAGUCCUUCCCCACCCAGAUACGCUCCACUGCCGUCGGCUUCGCCAUCAUGCUGGGGCGCGCAGGGGCCAUGGCCGCGCCCCUGCUGGUGGAGCGGCUCGGCGGCACCGCCUUCGCCUGCGUGGCGGCCUCUGCCUUCCUGGCCACGAGCGCGGUGGUGCUGCCGCUGCGGGAGACCAAGGGCCAGGAGCUCGGCGACUUCGCUGACGCCGCCGAGAGCGCGCCGGCCAUGCGCCGGGCCUCGCCCCCGUCGCCGCGCGGAGGAGCCGCGGCGGCGGUGGGCGUGCCCGACCCGCCCCUCGCGCUGGACCCGCGGCGCGCGCGGCACGGGGCGGGGCGCGGUGCCGACGGCGAGGCAGAGCCCGAGGGGCUCGGCGAUGACCCGCGUGCCGUGGUGCCCGAUCCGCCCCUCGCGGCGGCGCCGGCGCCGCGCCUGCUCGCCGAGGGCACGCUGGGCGCGAGGAUCGAGCCGCUGCUCAUCGCCGCCGGCCUCGGGGUACUGCCCGGCGUGGCGAGCUCGGCGUACCUGAGCUCGGUGGGCUACUUUGCCGACUCGCUGGCGACUCCAGACCUCUUCGUCUGGCAGCUGGCCGCCGUGCUCGGCGCCGCCUCGCUGGCGACGCUGCUGACGUGGGGCGUGGACCAGGCGACGGACCGCCCCGCCGCUCGCCGCCCGGCCGCGAGCGGCCCGCCUCUCCGCACCGUGCUCUCCAGCGAGCUGCUCGCCGCAGCGGUGCUGGCGACGGCCACCGUCGAGAGCAGGGACGGGCUGCUGGCUCUCGGCGCCGCAGUGGGCGCCCUGGCGGCGACGCUGCUGGCCUGCGGGUUGGAGUUGGCCUCCACUGGGGACACGGCGUCGGUGCUCUGGGUGCACGCGGGUGCAGCUCUGGGCGCCGCAUUGCCAGUGCCCCUGAGCUUGCUGUCCAGCUUCGGGCCUGGGGCCUCGCAGGGCGAGCGGCUGGCGUUCUUCGCGGUCCCCGCUGCCAUGUGCCUCCUCGGCGGCGCGGCGUUGUGGCGCCAGCGCCGCCCGCUCGGCGGGCAGGCGCAGCCGCUCCUCCAGCCCGGUGAGCCAGCCUCCGAGCUCGCGGAGGCGCCCGCAGCGGCGCAGGCCGAGGCCGCCAAUCGGCCAACUUGGGUCCCCGCAGCGGUGGGGGCCGCCUGGCUCGGGGCGCUGCUGGCGCCCGCCUGCGCCACGUUCCUGGUGGUGCUGCUGACGCGCCUGGGCAGCCCCAGGGAGGCCCAGAGCCUCUUCUUCUACAAGGUGUCGGGCGAGCUGAUCGGCCGCCUGCUCUCCCUGGCCGCUUGGGGCCGCUGCGCCCGGCACGGGCUCGAAGGACCACCAGAGCCGGGCUUCCCAGAAGGGCCCGCAGCGCCCGGCGGUGCAGCCUCCUUUGCGGCGCCGCCUCCGCGACGCGGCCGCAGCCCCAACGCGGCCGCGGGUGGCCCGCACCCGCCGCCCUCGCAGGCCGCAGAGCCCCGGGCGCUGCCCGAGGCGACGGGCCCCGGGCUCCUGGCCGCGCUGCUCAACGCAGCGCAGGUCGCAGCGUCCCUCGCGCUGGUGGUGCACGCGUCGCGGCCCGGCGGCAGCAUCGCCAGCCUCGCGCGGCCAGCGUCCAGCGAGGCGCUGCUCUGGAGCGUCUUCGGCGCUGGCGCCGUCGGCGCCACGGCCAGUUCGCACCUGGACGCGCUGGUGCCGCUGUCGGCGGCGCCUGCGGCGCCCCGGCACAGCCUGAUGCGCGUGCAGACGCUGGUGGGGCUCGCCGGCGCCGUGGCAGGCCUGGCCCUGGCGGCGGGCUGGGACGCCAGCCAGGCGUGGUCCACCGUCGCGCCCGACGCCGGGGCCGGCGGCGGGGUCGGGCCGGGCGUGCUGCUGGGGCUGGCGGGGCAGCUGGGCAUCCCGGCACCUGCGCUGCCCGCUGGCCCAGCGCCGCCGUUCCGCGAGCCACCCUUGCCGCCCAACGGCGGCCCGGGGGGGAUGGAGAGAAGUCAGCCGCG